AUGGCGUUUCCUCACCCGCUUGAUCAGCUACGAGAGCCAGAGAUCCUGAUCGCCAGGGAUGUCGUUAUUCAAGCCUGGCCGGGGGAAACCAUCCACUUCCGAUCCAUGUAUCUACAGGAGCCGAGCAAGUCAUCUUUGAAGCGGUUUCUCGAAGCAGAGCAUGCAGGGAAUCAAGAUGCUGCGCUCUGCCCACCACGAACGGCGUUUAUGCAGUACGAUGUGCUCCAUGCCGAUAAGACAUACGAAUAUGUCGAAUCAACCGUGGAUAUUGCCUUAAAAAAAGAGUUAGACCGUGAAAUUUUUGACUGCACGAGGCAAGCCCCUUUAACCAUGGAAGAAAUGAAAUGGUUCUACGAGGUCUGCAAUGCCUCACCCAUAUUUCAAGAAGCAGUGGCCAAAUUCAAGCUCCCUGAAGGAUAUCAAGUAGAGAUCGACCCUUGGCCCUAUGGCGGAUUGGAUCCGAAGGAUCCGGAUAUUCGUUAUAUCCAGGCCCUUUGCUUUGCGAAAGACCACAGGAACGGGAAUUUGGACUCGAACCACUACUCUCACCCACUUCCCAUCAUACCUGUCAUGGAUAUUCACAAAAAGGAGAUUAUCAGAAUAGAUAAGCUUGCAACUGGCGGGACUGACGAUGGGAUAGCGUAUGAUACAUAUUCGUUAAGCCCCGCCGAUCAUUGUCGCGCAAGUGAGUAUAUACCCGAGUUAAUGGAUAUCAAGCUUCGCACCGACCUCAAACCUUUGAAUGUCAUUCAGCCAGACGGUCCGUCCUUCAAGGUAGGCAAUGGGAAUCUUGUUGAGUGGCAGAAAUGGAGAUUCCGUGUUGGGUUCAACCCUCGUGAAGGUGUCACCAUUCAUGACGUACAUUACGAUGGCAGAAGCACAUUCUAUAGGCUGAGUAUUUCUGAAAUGACAGUCCCAUAUGGGGACCCUAGGCCACCGUUUCAUCGGAAGCAGGCCUUCGAUUUUGGUGACGGCGGUGCUGGUCGUGCAGCAAACAAUCUGUCUCUAGGAUGUGAUUGUCUAGGUGCGAUCAAGUAUCUAGAUUUUGUCUCCAUCGACCCUUCUGGGAACCCUUCGGUAUCAAGGAAUGUUAUCUGCAUCCACGAGCAGGACAGUGGUAUCGGGUGGAAACAUACGAAUUUCCGCACUGACAGAGCAGUCGUCACUCGUUAUCGCGAGCUAGUCGUCCAGUUCGUCAUCACCCUUGCAAAUUAUGAGUACAUUUUUGCAUAUAAAUUCGACCAAGCUGGUGCCAUCACUCUCGAAACACGAGCGACUGGAAUUCUCUCGGUCGUGAAUAUUGACCCUGGAAAGACAUCUCCAUGGGGCAACGUCGUCUCGCCUGGAGCUCUCGCGCAGAACCACCAGCACAUUUUUUGCGCAAGGAUUGAUCCUGCAAUUGAUGGAGACAAUAAUACUGUGUUCCGCGAACAAUCACUCCCCAUGGCUCUCGACCCGAAGACUAACCCGUACGGUAACGGGUAUAAAGUAGUGAGCGAACCAGUCACCAAAUCAACAGGUUUCAACGCAAGUCCCGAGAACAAUCUCAUUGUCAAAAUAUCCAACACCAACAUCUUAAACCCGAUUUCCGGGAAACCUGUCUCGUACAAGUUCACGCCACCACCUACCCAGCUCAUCCUCGCUGACCCUCGUUCCAUCGUUGCCCAACGCGCUCAAUUCGCGAAGCAUCAUGUCUGGGCCACGGCAUAUAAGGAUCCCAAUUCCGAUGUUGUCCUUUGGUCUGUCUUUGCAUUCACGCAUAACCCCCGCGUGGAGGACUGGCCAGUCAUGCCAAUGGAGAAGAUCGAGCUCCAGUUCAGACCAGCGGAUUUUUUCAAUAGAAGUCCAGCAUUGGAUGUCCCUGGUUCUCAAAAUAUGACCAGUGUUCGUGUCGGGGAAGACGAAUGUUGCUGA